GAAGUAACAUUCUAUUUAAGCUUUAGAAAUAAAUAUAAUGUACUUAAUCAACGUUCACAUCUACUUCUCUCCACAUUUGUAAUCUUACACAAUCUUUCUCAUGGAGUUAUUAUAUCUAGUGUUCUUUGUUGGUGCCAUUUUGAUAGGGGUUUCUCUUGAAAACAAAGAUUACAUUACAAGAAUCGACAAUCUGUUGUAUGAGAAGAUUACAAACCCGAUUGUUGGUGAAGGAGAUCGCUUGAUUGACAGUCUCAUCGUCUUCAACAAUGAUUUCAACCAAACGAUUCAGGUAUACAAGUACAACAGGACCAAUCAAGAUGUCGUGGAUAUGCUGAUAAGGACCAACGGGCCGAGGUGUAUCCAAGUUUAUCCGAACGACACGCUGCUGCAGAUAGUCUACGAGUGGGGAUACAAGGAGCUUGGUGAACUGUACUACUUUCUCAACCAAGCUAAGGAGCAUUGGCGAGACUUCCGAUACUACCUGGUCAAUGAUCUACAUUACAACAUCGAACCAUUGCCACCGUUUAACAUAAACUCUACUAGUUUUUAGUUGCUCAGUAAACUUUUAA